GCGGAGCCAACAGGGUCGUUGCGAGUGCAUACGGUAGAGUUUAUCCCACUUCUACCAUCGUGCAGCUUCCACUUCCGAGACCGGGUGAGGGUGAUUGUUGGUCGGUCUCUUUUACCCUGCCGUUGGUUGCUCGGCUUCGGUUGCUGCCGCUUAUUUACUGCCGCCCGGUAGGGGCUUAUGUCGAACGCAAACUGUCAAAAGAGCGCGAGAUUCCGCGAGAUUCCAGUCCCAAGCAAAUAACGGUUACGAUUAGACGUGCGUGUAAACGAAUUCUGAACGGCGCAACAGACGCCGCGAGUGGUGGUUUUUGUUGUUGUGGUCGAACGAUCGAUCGGUGUGAAGUGGAUCGGUUGGGCGCGAAAACCCGCCUAAAAAAAAAAAAAAAAUACAGCUGAAGGAAUUUUGGGUGAAAUUGUGUUGCUGUGCGAACAAACCUGAGAUAUGGAAUCGGAGCAUCGGUCAGGAUAAUCAGUAGUGUGAACAAGAGGGUGAAUAAAAUCACUAAAAGUUUUUAUGUGAAAAUACAUUUCUAGAAGGAAUAUGAUAGUCCGUGUGAUAAGUGUGAUUAGAAUAGUUAGAGUAUAGUGCAAAAAGUGAUUAUAGGGGUACACAUCCUUGUGGGAGUCUUUUAAAGUUAUCAUGAAUUUAAAGCAAAAUAAGGGGUUAUAAUAAAAAUACUACAAAAAUCAUUACCAUAAGUCUGGAAGAGUAAGUAACUGUGCUGUGCUUAAAAUGGCGAAUGCGAUAAAGUAAGCAAUGAUGGCACUUUCCACGAAGAAAAACUCAACGAAGAUGUAAAAAACAAUCUGCAUUUUGCACUAUAUUGCAAUCCACCACAAAUAUUAGCUGUAUAUAAUGAAGAAAGAGCUGCGAUCCUGCACGGCCUGCGGUGAACCCAUAUCGGACAAGUUCCUGCUAGACGUCGGUGGCUGUUCGUGGCAUUCGGCCUGCUUACGCUGCUGCAUCUGCCACACACCGCUCGACCACCAACCGUCCUGCUUUCUGCGCGAGCGUCAAAUCUACUGCAAAACCGAUUACACCAAGACGUUCGGUACCAAGUGUGCCCGGUGCAGCCGUACGAUCAGUGCCACCGACUGGGUACGGCGGGCGCGCGAUCUUAUCUUUCAUCUUGCCUGCUUUGCCUGUGAUAGCUGUGGGCGCCAGUUGUCGACCGGAGAACAGUUCGCCCUCGUAGACGAUAAGGUACUGUGCAAGACGCACUACUCGGAGAUGUUUGACUGUGGCACCUCGAGCGAUGACGGUUGUGAGGCGGAUGGCUAUCAGAAGAACAACAAAACGAAACGUGUCCGGACCACGUUCACCGAGGAGCAGUUGCAGAUCCUUCAGGCUAACUUUAACAUCGACAGCAACCCGGACGGACAGGAUCUGGAGCGGAUAGCAUCGGUAACGGGUCUGAGCAAGCGGGUGACGCAGGUUUGGUUCCAGAAUUCGAGGGCACGCCAGAAGAAGCACGUUCAAGUUCCUAGAGAAGGUGAAAUGAAUCCGUUUGCGAGGCAUAUCAACCUGCAGCUUUCGUACACCUUCCAGCAGGCCGGUGUCGUCCACAACCCGCUGCACAUUGGCGCUGGUGGUGGUGGUGGUGGUCUCCUUAAUGGGUCCCCGUUCGCCAGCAAUGGUCACUUUGGCAGCCAUCAUCACAAUAACAACAACAAUAGUAGUAGUAUCAACAAUAAUCACUCGUCCAAAUCGUCCGCCUACAGUACGCAUGAUUCCUCACUGGACGAGCUAUCGGAGGACUCGGCGAUACAUUGCAUGCAGAGUGAAGCUUAGCGAAGGAAGGCGCAACUCCAUCACCUCCAUUUAGCAGUCGAUUAGUUUAGUCGUAAUGGGCCACAUGGUUUUGAUGCCGUGUUUGUUGUUGAUCAGUAUUAAUUUAUUUCUAACACGCUAUUCCCGGGACAAAAACAAUAACAGGUCCGCUCAUUCCAAGUUUUAGCUCCAACUCCCUACGUCCUGAAAAAUUAUGUUUUAUUGUCCCAAUUCUCAUUGCGGAACUGUGCACGGUUUCAAAUUCGCGUCCCACCAUCACCCGGUGUGUUGCUAAAUUAUUGUCCCUUCCUAGCAUAGUUGUGGCCUUAAGUCCUCUACCCCCCCUCCCCAAAAAAAGGAAGUUCGUUUCAAACGGCAACGGUAUAGGAAAA